UGCCGGGGUUGUGAGCGGCUGGCCACAGGGACUACAGCUCUCAGAAUCUGCAUCAGCACCCAUCCGUCCAUCACUCUGGAAUCAUGAAGGCUGGCUGCCUGCUCACGCUCUCCGUUCUCCAUGGUCUGGUACUGCCCGUAGGUGGGGGCCGUUUGAAGCGUCACCUGGACCAGCUGGGGAACAUGAUCGAAUGUGGAGUGGGUGAAGGCCGCUGGCUCACGUGGCUCGACUACUUUGACUACGGCUGUUACUGCGGCUUUGGCGGUCAUGGUCAGCCCCUUGACGCCGUAGACAGUUGUUGCCGUCUACAUGAUAUUUGCUACGGGAAGCUAGAGUCCAAAGGUGGCUGUCGCUGGUAUCAUUACCCCUACUGGACCCACUACACGUGGAUCUGUGGACGUGAGCAGUCCCUCACCUGUGUUGACCCCUAUGGAACCUGUGCACGCUCUGUCUGUGACUGUGACAAGAAGCUGGUCGACUGCUUCUCCCGGAGCAACUACGAUGCAGACAUGAGGGGCAUCAAUAAGGAUGUGAUGUGUCAGCCCUGAGAUCCCCGUAACAGGACCCAGGCUGCAAUCUGAGCCCCUCUUGCCACAGGCCGGUCCGUCUUGCUCAACCGCCACGGUUUCCCGAUGGUUUAGGUCUGGGUGGGGGGAAGGGUCAGAAUCACCAACGGGACCCCAUCCUCCCUCACAUUUAACAAUCUAGCCCAAUCCCAGUCCCACCACCCCUUGCAUUGAACCCCACCUGCAUCUCUCCACCUUCCUCAACGACAUCCACAUCUGCACCCCUUCUGCUUAUUCUCCACUUCCCUUUCCACUUAUUCGCCACUUCCCAUUCCCCACCCUCUUUAUUCCAUACCCCUCCUCAACUCCCCACCUAAACCCAUCUCCACACCCCUCAUCUCUUCCUACAUACUCUCUCCUCUCCCCACCACCUCAACUCCACAACCCCAUCUCCCCACCCCUCAAAUCCACAACCCCCAUCUCCCCACCCGCCAACUCCACAACCUCCAUCUCCCCACCCGCCAACUCCAUAACCCCCAUCUCCCCACCCGCCAACUCCACAACCCCCAUCUCCCCAUCCCUUCAACUCCACAACCCCCAUCUCCCCACCCGCCAGCUCCACAACCUCCAUCUCCCCAC